AUGGAUCUGCUGCCUCCAAUUAGUGCGUCUCUGGGCGCUAUGGGCUCCCUUUACGGGAAGCUCGAUGCGUUCCUGGACACCGAACUCAAGGAUGAGAUCCGGGAACUUGGAUCCCGGCUGCUGAAGCUCGCCAAGGCACAAGAUCUUCCGGUUACAGCGAGGAUAUGGAUGAAGGAGGUACGCGAUCUAUCCUAUGAUAUGAUCAACUGUGUCGACACCGAUGCAGAUUGGAUCGAUAAGAUGUCACGAAUAUUCAAGCCACGCGUGAAGGAGGCCAAUGGACGGUACGACAGAUACAAGCUUGAGAGCGUCCCCAGCCGCCGUAUGAAUAUCGUUCCGAUCCCAACGGUGGUUGGCGAUCGGAAACCAGACAUCGGCCUCCAUGCCAAGGGCGGCGUGGUUGAUAGGCUCUGCAGAACUCUUACCGAUGGGGAUGAGCAGCUCAAGGUGCUAUCCAUUGUGGGUGUUGGAGGAAUCGGCAAGACCACGCUUGCCAAACAGCUAUGGCGGGAGCACAAACCGGGGGACUACUUCGACUGCCGAGCUUUUGUGCGGACGGCCAAGAAACCUGACAUGAGGAGGAUCCUGAGGAGCAUACUCGCACAAGUUCGUCCGCACCAACCACCCGACGCUAAUGAGGUGCACGACCUCAUUCAUGACCUCACCGAGCAUCUGAAGGAUAAAAGGUACUUCAUUAUAAUUGAUGACUUAUGGGAUACAUCAGUAUGGGAUGUUGCAGCCCACGCUUUCCCGAAGGGUAAUCAUGGCAGCCGGAUAAUAGCAACAACGGAAAUUGAGGAUGUAGCUCUUGCAUGCUGUAGUUAUCAGUCCAAGUACAUGGUUAAGAUGGAACCUCUUAGCGAGAGUCACUCGAAAGAGUUGUUCACAAGUGCAGUGUUUGGCUCUGGAGAACAACAUUCUUGCCACGUAAAUGAAGUGCCAGACGAGAUUAUAAGAAGAUGUGCUGGUUUACCACAGGCAAUUAUCAGCAUAUCCAGUAUCCUAGCAAGCUAUGGGGAAGCCAAUACAGUAGAGAACUGGGAGCAAAUACAAAACUGUUUGCCAACAAAUACAACUUCUGAUGAGAUACUGAAAGAAGUACUGAUUUUUUGCUACAAAAGUCUUCCCAGUUGUGCUCAGACAUGUCUGUUGUAUCUUAGUAUGUACCCGGAGAAUUACUUAAUCUUGAAGGAAGAUAUAAUGAAGCAAUGGGUGGCCGAAGGUUUCAUCCGUGCGCCAACAGAGAAAGAAAAAAUGGAAGUUGCUGGGAGCUAUUUUGAUAUGCUUGUUAAUAUGGGCAUGAUCCAACAUAUAGACAUAGACUAUAGCGAUGAGGUUUUGUACUAUGCGGUGCAUCACAUGGUACAUGAUAUUAUUACAUCUAAGUCCAUAGAAGAGAAUUUUGUCACUGUAAUAGAUUAUUCUCAAAGGACGGUACGGUUUUCUAACAAGGUUAGUCGUCUGUCCCUCCAGUUCGGCGGUGCAACAUAUGCAACUACACCAGCACGUAUUGGACAGUCGCAAGUACGAUCUCUUGCUUAUAAUGGACUGGUGAGCUGCUUGCCUUCCAUAUCAGAGUUUAAGCUUCUUCGAUUUCUGAUCCUCCAUAUUUGGGCUGAUCAACCAAGCACAGGCGUAAACCUCAGGCGUAUCUCUGAAUUGCUUCUGUUGAGAUAUUUGCAAGUCACAUGCAAUGACACCGUACAGCUGCCAGAUCAGUUGCAGGGUUUAAAACUGUUGGAAACACUUGAAAUAAAUGCAAGAGUAGCAGCUAUUCCAUCGGAUAUUGUUCAUCUUCAGAGCUUGUUGCACCUCCGUCUCGGAGGUGGGACAGAACUCCCCGAUGUGACUGGCAUCCUAAAAAGUGUCACCCUGAAUCCUCCUCCUAGUUCUUCGGGCAGGACAAUUUCAUUGGAUGGCUCGGGCAGUCCUCCUGAGUCAGUGAAGACAAUCGAGUUGCUGCCUCCCAUUUGUAGAAUCCCCAAGUGGAUUGGAAGGCUUACCAAACUCUGCGUUCUGAAAAUUGUUGUGAGAGAAUUGCUAAUGGAUGACAUCAGUAACCUUCAGGGAUUGUCAGCCCUCACUGUUCUUGCGUUGUACGUCCAGCAACGAACUACAGAACAAAUCAGCUUUGCAACGGGAGCACUCGCUGCUCUAGAGUAUUUUGAGUUCGGGUGUGGUGUAUUACACCUGUCUUUUGCGGAAGGAGCAAUGCCCAAUCUUCAGAGGAUGAAGCUAGGUUUCAAUGCCCACAGAGGAGAUCAGUAUGGUUGUUUGCUUUUCGGCAUUGAGCACCUGUCAAACGUCCAGGAGAUUGUUGGAGUAAUUGGGUCAACUGCUGGUGCCGAGGAACAUGACUUGCAGGCUGCAGAGUCUGCAUUCAAGAUCGCCAUUGGUGAGCAUCCUAGUAAUGUCAGCUUAAAAGCAUCAUACGUUGUUGAGGAGUAUGGCCCUCUAGAAAAACAGCAUUCGGUCCGAGGGAAGGACCCGUCCACAUCAAGUGAACUAUCUGGAAGUCAAAAACAAGAGUCUGAGGAAGCUAUAAAGCAAAAGGCCGAUAACAACUCCCAGUCAAUUAACUGGAGAAGUCACAACAAGGAACAUGAAAGCGUGGAGUCAUGGAAUGACACGCAGUCGUCAAUGCAGAAGGUUGUUCCUCAUGAAGCAAUUGAUAGUGAUGAUGAUCCUGACGGUGUUGUGAUUUUAGCACCAUUUGAAAAGAAUAAACAGGCAGUUGGAUAUCCUCUGGGUUGGCCAAAGCAUGUGAAGGACUAG